AUGUAUGCACCUAAUGAAGAUGACAGCGAUGAAGAGAAGGAAAAAAAUUAUGAAGAGAUCAAUAACAUCAUUUCAGAGAAUAUGAAAUUUACAGACACUUUACUGGUUGUAGGGGAUUUCAAUGGAAGAGUAAGUAAUAGGAAAGAGGAUGAUAUUUGUGGCCCGUUUGGACUUGGUGAUGCAAGAACUGAUAAUGGAGAGCGAAUUGUUGAAUUUUGCAGAAGGAAUAAGUUAUUAGUGGCAAACACGUGGUUCCAACAGAAGGAAAAAGCCAGACACACUUGGACAUCACCAGAUGGACAAACUAAGAAUCAAAUUGAUUACAUCCUAGUGAGUGCCAGAUUUAGAAACAGCAUAAGAAAUUGUAAAAGUAGACCUGGUGCGUACUACGGUUCAGAUCAUAACCCAGUUAUAGUAAACCUCAAUAUCAGACUUAAGAAUAUCAAGAAGAAAAAGUCAGAUGUCAAAAGAUGGAAUGUGGAUGCUCUGAAGCAAGCAAGCGUAAGAAUGGAAUAUGCUGAGAAAAUAGAAGAUAAAGCGAAGAAUAUUUUAGAAGAAAACUGCCUUAAUGUAAAUCAGACCUGGAAGCGAAUGAAAAAAUGUAUUACUGAAGUUGCUGAAAACAUAAUUGGUACAAAAAAAAUUAAGGAAUUCAAACCAAGGAAACCUAGGAUCAACUUAGGAAUUCAAGAUAAAAAUGGACAGCUGUUGAAUGAAGAUGAACUAAUAAAUAUAAGAUGGGAAGAAUACAUAGGAGAAGAACUUUAUUAUGAUGAUAGACCCGAAAACACUGAGUGUCACCAAAAUACCAAAAAAUUAAAGAACUACAUUACUGAAGAAGAACUACAAGAUACAAUUAAGAACCUAGCUAAAAAAUAA